AUGUAUUUAAGCCCCCAAACCAAGUGGACAGUGUUGAGAUCAUCAUAUGUCAAUUAUGAACUUCUGGAUGGUGACAAAGCUAUUUACUCACACAAAGAGUGUGUGCAAGAACCAAUAAACCUUAUGUCUGACUUCCGAGAUAGUUUGCCAAAUUUUCCAACCCCUAAUGUUGUUGAUGUUCGCUGGAGUUAUAAAGAUGCUGUUGCCAAAGCUCUUUCUGAACUUAAUGAGGAACUCUCAGAGGUGCCAAAUGACAUUAUCCUACAUGCUUUUAUUAAGGAUGGUGGGGAUGGGCUUGGACAUGUCUCCCAGUACAAGGAAAAGGGGCAUCGUUGUCUCUCUGACAAGGCAUUCAGGUAUGCAUUUUGUAUAAUGAAUGUAAAAAUGGAAGAUGGAGGAGAAAUGAAAACAAUAUGGGAGGAGGAGGCCCCAGGGUCUGUUCGGACUAACAGGUGUCUAAUAGAGUCAAUCUGUGACGACAAUCAAACAGCUGCAAUGGUUGUAUGUGUUGCCCCUGUUGAAGCAGAGCGCCAGGAGAUGUCAAAAAGCAUACUGAGAAUACAAAUAGGAAGCAUAUGGAGGAACUUUUCUUUGCGAUUUGUUAAUUCCAUGGUGGAUGAGAAGCGAACACGAGCUGAUGGAGGGUUACAGGGUGCUGGGUCAUCAUACCUAUGUGACUUGCGCUAUGCAAAACAGAAAACUGCAAAGUCUGAUAUUGGAACCUUUGUUAUCUCUAGAAAACUCGAGGAGACCAAGCAAAUAGCAGACUUGCUACAUUUUAAUCCUGAUAAACUGAAUCCUUCACAGUUAUCUGCAGUUGCUAAGGGAGUAAAAACCCACCCCAUUCUUAACAUUGAACAUUCUGAGCACAAGGUGGAUGCAACACAUGCUAAGAUCAAUUUACGGACAUUUGUAUACAAAUUACUUAUCAGGGAGGUAGCUGGGGUUAACCAGUGGGAGGAGUCUGCAGAUGUAAAGCACUUGAUUCAAAAUACCUCUCAUAAGGUAGAUCAACACUUCAAAGCAACAAUUGGAAUUAAUUCAUGCUUAAUGAAGCCAGGAAACUAUGCAAGAAUUCUUUUGGAUCCACAAAAUGAAAGUAAAGUAGUUUUCCUUCUUGGCACUGAGGAGAAGAAAAACAACUUCACAGAGCUGCUAUCUAAGCUUCAAUUUAUGCAUAAAGUUUUUAGCUGUCGGAGUCCAAAACUUAAAUAUCCAAGUGAAUGGAAUCAUUACAAGCAAGUUGCCGUAGAGUUUGGUAACAUUUUAUUGAACAAUUAUCCCUAUGCACACUGGAGUAACUAUGUUCACAAGUCUAUUGAACAUGUACAAGAAGUUAUUGAAACAGAUGAUACACUGGGAGGACUGUCUGGUGAG